GUGAAAUACGUCAUCGGAAUUUGUGUACACAUUGAAGAGAUUCAAAGCGGCAAUUUUGACAGACAUAAAAGGUUUAUUUUCCCAUUUUCUGUAGUAAACAACAAUGCAAAAACAACUUUUGGGACAUGUUGUAUCGACAACCAGAACAAAAGACUUAAAACCAAUUCUAGAACGUUGGGGCUGGCUGGAACAAGAAGUAGAACAGAUUGAUCUUAGCAAAACGAAAAGAGAGAUCACAAAUGCCCUCAUUGAAGUGUGCAAUCAAAAAGAGGGCUUAACAAGAGAUGUUUGUGGAGAAUUGGAUCUAAUUUGUACACAAGAGUAUUCAACAAAGAAACAAUGGAGUGUGUUUUUAAUGGAGAAAGAUGAUGAACAUUAUAUAAGUGACAGCAACCUGUCAAAUCCACUGAAACUAAAGAAGAAGCUGAAAAGUGAAAUAACUGUAUUUUUUGAGAGAGAGAAUGUUGUAUCUGUUAGAAUGUUAAAUGGUGUGUUGUGGAUGAGGGUGUACAUACAGAGCGGGCCUAGAAACAUGUACCGUAGCAGUGAUACAGUUUACAUUAUAUAUUAUCCUCGGACUCAAUAUAUUCUCCUCAGUAGAUAUAAAAAAUCAGUUGAAAGUUAUUUGAUACAGAGCAUUCAAAAUGUAAUGGGUUGUGACAAGUUGACGAACAGUCUUCUAACUGGUACCCACUAUGAGUCUCUGCUACAGCUAGCUCUAGACAGGAAAAGUCAGGGUGACUUCAGUAGAUACAGAUUACAACAGGUACAAAAUCUACCUCUUUUGCAAAAACCACCACAGAAAAGGAAAGUUUCAGAUUUUGAGAGAGAACCUAAUUUACAUUGUGAAGAUGAAAGACAUAAAAGACAAAGAACAGAAGAACUUGAUGAAUGUUUUGGACCAAAUGAACAACCACUUCUUCAAAAACUAGAAUUUAAGGUUGCUGUGAAAUUCCGAGGAACCAGUGCUAUACCUUCUAUACCAGUAGAUGACAUGCAGCCUUUCCGAUGUCGAGUUAAGUUCGAAGGACCAUCAGUGAUAGACGGUAUUAGAAACUUGGCAGAAUGUGGACUCGUCACAAUGCCAUAUCCAAAGUAUUUACGAUCGGUACAUACCCUUGGAAAAAAUCAUAUUAAACUCGCAGAUAAAACUGCCAUGCAACAUAAUGUUAGUCAAGUUAAUCAGUCUCAUGCAGAACAGAAUGAAAAUACCCCUGCUAAGAAUACAAGGUCAAGGUCAAAACCAAGAACAAGGACUAGAACAUAAUUGUAUAACAAAUAUGGUGCAGCUAUAAGCAUAGUGAUAUAUAUUUUGCUUUUGAGAAAUUUGACAAUAAAAUAGUGUAUUUUUUUAUGUGUAAUUAUUGUAAAUGCUUGUAUUAUUAGUAUAGAAAGUGUAAACUUGUUGUGUAUCUAAAAAUGUAGAAACAUUGUAAUUUGUCUGUAUUUCUGACAUUUUAGUUUUCAAUUUCUCAGACAAGGUUUGUGUCCCCUGUUUUUUUGUUGUUGUUUUUUUUUAAAUUAAUGCUGAUGAAAAUUAUGCAGGAAAUGAUUAUCUCUAGAUUUUUCAUACAAUUAACAUAUGCACCUUUUUCUUUCAAAAACUAUAAUAUGUUACAAGCAUUUUAUGAGAUUUUUUAACUAAAUGUAAAAAGAUUAUUAAAAAGAGUAAGUAGGGGUAAGUUUGAGGUUAAUGUUCAAAAGGAACUACAUUGAUAAAUCCAGAAGCUUUUGAGAGAAAAAAAGAGCAAUCAUCAUGAAGAAUGUUAUAAAGUUUCUUUCGGAGAAUUAGCAUAAACUUGAUAAAUCACAAAUGAUCACAUCAUUAGUCAAGUAGAUUGAUUUUAAAUCAGAUAUUUAAUGCUUUCUGACUGACAAACUGACUUUAUGUAAUUGUCUUCAAAACUGCCGUAGAAAAUCUUAAAAAUCUAAAAGAGUUUAUAAAAUGCUUGUCUUAUAAUUAACCUUAGAGGAAAGGAAAUGAAAUGGUAAUGGAAAUUACAUGAAUUGAUUUUAUCAACUAUUUAACUUUUAAAUUUACUUGAAUUAUGAUUAUGAAUUAUAAAUGAUAAGUUGGUCUGACAAUAGGGUUUAAUUUCUGCUCCAUGUUGUAUCUCCUCUUUUUAGUGGAAAUGUAGAAUAAUUAAUAUGACACAAGAACAAUUUAAGUGUUGGAUCCAAAGCGACCCACAAUUUAUACUAUUGUAUUUCAAUGAUGUCAUAUAAAACAACCCCAUCAAUUAAUGUUUUUUGGAUAUUGAACUAGUUACACAUUCAAAUGAAAGAGCUGAUGAAUCAUUAAAUGUACAUUGAAAUUGAAAUAAUCAAAAUAAAAUAUGUUUUUUAAUCAUGUUUGUAAACUUUUGUUGGAUCAUGUUGGUUUUUUUUGCAAUAUAGAAAACCCUCUUUAUGAGGUAUUCAAAAGACAUGGUACUUAUGUGUUUGUUAGAUCAGUGAAUAUGCUUUGGACUCUCUGUUUUGAAGUCUUUAUUUUUUGCACAAGUAUUUAAAUCAAAAGGUUAAUCUGAAUAGCUAUAUUUGUUAACACAUUAUAAAAAUGUUAGGAAAUAAAAAAAACAAGCUUCUGUAUGUCAUGUGUAUUGAUAAAUAACAUGAAAUUGUGAGGAUGGUCAUUAUUAGAUAAUAAAUAAAACUAAAAAGUAUUGAAAAUAUUACUUAUUUUAUAAACAAUUUGUAUAUACUUAAUGGAUUCAAUGCAUAAUGAAAUAUUUAAGGUUGAUGUUUUAUGGUUCAUUGUCAUGAAAACAGUGGAUAGUUAUAGUCUGCUUAAUAUGCUUAUACACACAAAAAAGUGAUUAUAAAUACUGAUUAUAUUAUAAAUACAAGUUUUUAAAUUGGCAGCCCAUCCAAUCAAAAUUUCAAAUUCAAUGCAAGUCACCAUUUCAUCUGAAACUAUUGUAAAAAUGCUAAUUUUUUUACAGAUUCAAAAGGUUUACAUAGUGAUUUGCUUUUAUUUCAGUAGAUUUUCUUA